AUGCUGGCGUCCCAAGGAGUCUUCCUCCAUUCCUACGGCGUCCCCAUGGUCCUACCCGCCGCCCCCUAUUUCCCUGCACUCAUUCAGGGUAACCAGGACGCGGCGGCCGCCCCGGACACCAUGGCUCAGCCUUACGCCUCGGCCCAGUUCGCUCCGCCACAGAACAGCAUCCCAGCGGAAUACACCGCCCCGCACCCGCACCCGCACCCCGCGCCGCCGGACUACACGGGCCAGACCACGGCCCCCGAGCACACGCUCAACCUGUACCCGCCCGCCCAGCCGCACCCCGAGCAGAGCGCCGACACCAGCGCGCAGACCGUGUCCGGGACCGCCACACAGACAGACGAUGCCGUACCAACAGACGGUCAGCCUCAGACACAACCUUCCGAAAACACGGAAAACAAGUCUCAGCCCAAGAGGCUGCAUGUGUCCAACAUCCCCUUCCGGUUCCGAGAUCCUGACCUCCGACAAAUGUUUGGUCAAUUUGGUAAAAUCUUAGAUGUUGAAAUUAUUUUUAAUGAGCGAGGCUCCAAGGGAUUUGGUUUCGUAACUUUCGAAAAUAGUGCCGAUGCGGACAGGGCGAGGGAGAAAUUACACGGCACCGUGGUAGAGGGCCGUAAAAUCGAGGUAAAUAACGCCACUGCACGGGUAAUGACAAAUAAAAAGACCGUCAACCCCUACACGAAUGGCUGGAAAUUGAAUCCUGUGGUGGGUGCAGUCUACAGCCCUGAAUUCUAUGCAGGCACGGUUCUGUUGUGCCAGGCCAACCAGGAGGGAUCCUCCAUGUACAGUACCCCCAGUUCACUUGUAUACACUUCCGCAAUGCCCGGCUUCCCGUACCCGGCUGCCACCGCUGCUGCAGCCUACCGCGGGGCGCACCUGCGAGGCCGCGGCCGCGCCGUGUACAACACCUUCCGGGCCGCGGCGCCCCCACCCCCGAUCCCGGCCUACGGCGGAGUAGUGUAUCAAGAGCCUGUGUAUGGCAAUAAAUUACUGCAGGGUGGUUACGCCGCAUACCGCUACGCCCAGCCUACCCCUGCCACUGCCGCCGCCUACAGUGACAGUUACGGACGAGUUUAUGCUGCCGACCCCUACCACCACACACUUGCUCCAGCCCCCGCCUACGGCGUUGGUGCCAUGAAUGCUUUUGCACCUUUGACUGAUGCCAAGACUAGAAGCCACGCAGAUGAUGUGGGUCUCGUACUCUCUUCAUUGCAGGCUAGUAUAUACCGAGGGGGAUACAACCGUUUUGCUCCAUACUAAAUGACAAAAAAAAAAACCAACAACAACAACAACAAAUAAACAACAGAAAAACAA